AGUGGUCAGGGAGGCUUCCAAGAGGCCUACAGCACCAUUAAAGGAACUGCAGGGAUUUCUGGCUGAAGACGCAGUCCUGAAGAUUGAUGGAGGGCCAUGCUAUUCAAACAGCAGGCAUUGCUGAGACAGAAGCUCUUCGUUCUGGGCAGCCUUGCUAUCGGAAGUGUCCUCUAUCUUGUGGCCAGGGUUGGGACCUUGGAUAGGUUACAACCCAUUUGCCCCCUUGAGAGCAGAGUGCCCCCUCCUGAGCCAGAGCAAAUCCCUCUCCGUACCCUGCAGUUUAAGCGUGGCCUGCUCCAUGAACUUCGCAAGGGCAAUGCCACCAAAGAGCAAAUCCGCCUGCACAACCUGGUCCAGCAACUGCCUCGGGCCAUCAUCAUCGGGGUGCGCAAGGGGGGCACCCGCGCCCUGCUGGAGAUGCUCAACCUGCAUCCGGCAGUUGUCAAGGCCUCGCAGGAGAUCCACUUCUUUGACAAUGACCAAAACUACGCCCGAGGCAUCGACUGGUACAGGGAGAAAAUGCCCUUCUCCUUCCCUCAUCAGAUUACCAUUGAGAAGAGCCCGGCCUACUUCAUCACAGAGGAGGUCCCUGAACGCAUUUUCAAGAUGAACUCCUCCAUCAAGCUGCUGAUCAUAGUCCGGGAGCCCACCACCAGAGCUGUGUCCGACUACACGCAAGUGCUGGAGGGCAAGGAGCGCAAAAACAAGACGUACCACAAGUUUGAGAAGCUGGCCAUCGACUCGAACACUUGCGAGGUGAACACAAAGUACAAAGCGGUGCGAACCAGCAUCUACACUAAACACUUGGAGCGCUGGCUGAAGUACUUCCCCGCAGAGCAGUUCCACAUCGUGGACGGGGACCGCCUCAUCACGGAUCCGCUGCCGGAGCUGCAGCUCGUCGAGCGCUUCCUCAACCUCCCCUCAAGGAUCAGCCAGUAUAACCUGUACUUCAACGCCACCAGGGGAUUUUACUGUCUGCGAUUCAACAUUGUCUUCAACAAGUGCCUGGCAGGCAGCAAGGGCCGCAUCCAUCCAGAGGUGGACCCGUCGGUGGUGACUAAACUGCAGAAGUUCUUUCACCCCUUCAAUCAGAAGUUUUACCAGAUCACUGGUCGGACAUUCAGCUGGCCAUGAUCAGCUUAUCCAAUGAGAUUGCUUGGAUUGAUAUUUAAUUUUUUUUUUAAACACAAAGCCACCAUGUCUCAAAGAUAGUAAUAGCACUUUGAUUGCAUUUAAUACAAGAAUGACAGUGUGACCAAAUAUAAAAAGAACUUGAUGUGUGAGAAUAAAACAAAACAGUUUGAUGAUUUGACUAAGAGGUUCAAUUUAAAGCACUUGACCCUGCAGAUAAUUCACUUGUCUGUCAUUGUUCCCCAAAGAGGGGAAAAAAGGACUGAACUGUGUGAUUAACUAAAGAGAUUAUUUUUGUUGCUCUUUAAAAGACUAUCAAACACUGACAUUCAUGCUGUUAAGAUAAGCUUUAAGUGUGAUGCUUUUUUCAUGAUUAAACACUUAAAAGAUGACAAAAUGACAUUUGAUAAACAGUUUUUCAUUUGUUCCCCAUCAUUUUUGUUUAUUUGACCAAAACUGCAUGUGCAAUCAAGAUGCCAUUAUAACGUUGUACACUCUAGUAUUAGUUGUCUUCUGUUGUCAGUUCAUGUUGUCUUUAACCACAUUUUAUUUUUAAUUCAAGCUGCGAUAAUUCCAUUAGAUGGUUACCUCUUUUAAUUCUCAACAGAAUACCCAUUCUAAAGAGCAGAACAAAAUGAGGAUAGCUACUCAGAAUAAGAUCUAAUGAUUCAAACUUGAUUCAAGCCAUGCCCAAAACCUUCAAAGCAUUUAAGACUCAAGCUUGUGUUUUUAAUGUAAGUAUGAUGUUUCCUCCCCCUACAGCGCUUCCAUGGGUUUGGGAAAUACCAGGCAAAAAAAGCUAUGGUGGAGGAAAAAAAGUUGUCCUCUGAUGAUUCUUGUCAAACUGACUGUUUAUUCUGUGAUGAUUAGCAAAAUGUGUCUGUUUCUGUGCAAAUAUUCAUUCUGUGUCAUAAGUGUGUUGUUAAAAAAGGUGAUAUUAAAAUAAUGUGAACAUU